AUGGUUGGCAAAAAGUCCGGCAGAGCCCAACUUAGGGAGGAGGGACUCGCACGGACGGACAACAAUCUCGAGCAGACGACAUGGCCAGUUGUCAGCAUGAUCAACCAGAAGAACUAUUACACCGAGUUCCUCAAGCGUGACGAGCAGUACCUCGCAGUUCGAUACCCCCAGGAGGAAGAGCGCGCGCGUAUGGUCCGAGAAGCCCGCGACAAGGAUCGUGCGCUGGCGAAAGGAGUGUCAACAACGGAAGCCACAGAUGAAGCCGCGGACGAGACUGGACUAUCACAGUCCAGAGAUGAUCCGUCGAAACUGAUCGUACUGCACGUCGGCAGCCAGAACCUUAGGAUCGGGCUUGGUUCUGAUGCGCUUCCGAAGUCAAUCCCCAUGGUCAUAGCACGGAGAUGGAAGCAGAGUGAAUCGGAGGAGAAUGAUGGCGAACCUAGUCCCAAGAGAUUGAAAUUGGAGGGCGCGGUUCCUGCGGAUGCCUUACCCGAGAAGUGGUUUGGAGAAGAUUUUGCGGAUCAGUACAUGGCAAUGUCCUCGGAACUCAGAACAAGGAUGCGUUCCAAUAAGCGACGAGUGCUGCCAAAUUCAAAGGACCUCGUUACCAAUUUCAAUCGGCGCACUCCACCCGAGAUCAUCAACGAGCACAACGAUGUGGAUAGGAUAGACUGGACAGAGCUCCCAAGCGAUCCCAAAAAAGCACCUGAAUACUUUACCGGACGAGCAGCACUGCGAAUACCAGAGAAUUCGAAUCCUCGUUAUAAACUCUUUUGGCCAAUUCGAAAUGGAACCUUCAACGAAGUUGACUACACUGGUCGAAACCAGAUCUAUCACGACCUUUCGAAGAUAGUUGAAGAUGCUUUCAGAUCCCAGCUUGGCGUCACGAGUCUCAAAGAGCUCGCGAAUUACAAAUGUGUCUUCAUCAUUCCGGAUCUCUACGAGCGUGUUUACGUGACGAUGAUGCUGGACAUCCUCAUGCGCGACUUGGGCGUUGGGAAGGUUUCCCUGCAACAAGAGAGUCUCUCCGCUACGUUUGGUGCCGGCUACGGUAUCGCUUGUGUUGUGGACAUUGGAGCGCAGAAGUCAUCGAUCUGCUGCGUUGACGAAGGUCUGUGCAUCGAAGAGUCUCGCGUCAACCUCAAGAUGGGAGGCGCAGAUGUAACGGAGACAUUUAUCAAGAUGAUGCUCUACGGGCAUUUCCCCUACUCGGACAUGAACCUCAAGAGAAGAUACGAUUUUUUACUUGCCGAAGAACUGAAACAGAAGUUUUGUUCGAUGGACGAAGACUCCGUGACUGUGAAAACGUGGGACUUUCAUCUUCGAGCUUCAGGUCAGGACACGAGGAAAUACACGUUCAAGACUUACGACGAGACGAUGUUGUCUGUCAUGGGCUUGUUCAAGCCUUCGAUCUUCGACCACUCGAAAAAGCUAGACGGCCGUAGAACGGUGAUUCCGAGAUCGGUUGACCUAUACGACGGAUCCCCGAACGACCCAAUCUCUCAGGCUCAGAUUGCAGUGUACGAGGCGGCAGCAGGGAAACCGAUCAAUGGAGCACAAGAGUCGGGGGGCACGCCAGCCGUCGCGUCUACCCCGCAGCGUCCAGGGCAAUUGAAUCCGCUGAACCGACUCAACGACAACGAGACACCACGAUCGUCUGUAGCUGGUUCUCCAGCACCAGAGGGCACGAGUACGCCCAAUCCAGACCGUGACACACCUAUGGGCGAUGGCGAGCAAACCCUCAUUUUCCGGGAUCCUGUGCUCGAAAAAACUAAGAUUGCAGAGGAACGCGACAAAACGCUUCCGAUUAUACCGCUUGACCAAGCUAUUCUGGAAUCGGUUACUCAAGGAGCGCGCGGCGAUGAGCGUAAGCUGCGCGAUUUCCUUGGCGGUAUCAUGCUUGUCGGUGGUGCUAGUAAGACGCCUGGUCUCCGCGAGUUUCUGGAGACCAGACUUAGAGAACAGAGACCUUUCUAUGGGAAGGAAAUAUUGGUUGGCCCACCGCCUAGGGAGUUUGAUCCGCAAGUAGUGAUCUGGAAGGGAGGAAGCGUUUUUGGGAGGUUGAGUUCUGCUGGUAACGACAGUUGGAUCAGCAAGGCGGAGUACGACAUGCUGGGAAGCCGCUUGCUGAACAACAAGUGUAUGUUCGCGUGGUGA